GAACACAUAACGAGAACGUGCACUCAAAAUUUAAGAAACAUCAACAUACAAAGUCUACCGAGUAAAUUUGAUAAAGUAGAUAGAAAAAGCUGAUGAAAAUAUGGACCUAGAUAGAAAAAUUUCUGCUCUGAAAGAUUUUACUUCCUUUGGAUCCUCAUCGAAAAAUGGCUCUUCUUCCUCAAGGACCAAUCAAACCAGUCAAAGUUCGAAUUCCUCUUCCGCGAAUGGAUGGGGAAAUUGGAUUGCCAAAGGAGAAAAGGACCCAUUUUUACCUUCAUUAUCUAAAACACAACGAAUCACAGGUUUCUUUCUUUUUCUGCUGCUGGGAAUCUUCUGCUUUGUAAUGGCUGGGCUUAUUGCACCUGUUAUGCUGUUAAAGGCAAGAAAAUUUGUCCUGCUCUACACAAUGGGAAGUUUGUUUACCAUAGGAAGUUUUUCUUUACUUUGGGGUCCAGUCAAUCAUAUCAAACACCUGUGUUCACUUGAAAGGCUUCCUUUCACUGCUGCCUACUUUGGAUCAAUGUUUGCAACACUUUACAUGGCAAUGAUUGUAAAGAGUACGAUACUGACUGCAGUUUGUGCUUUGGUCCAGAUUCUUUCCUUAAUAUGGUACUUUGUUAGCUAUAUUCCUGGUGGGACAACAGGCAUGAAAUUUUUCACCAAGCUUUUCUCAUCUGCAGUAACAAAAACAGUUUCUAACACCCUUCCUGUUUAACAGUGGUUAAUAUGUUCGAGUCAGCUUUUCCUGCUCCCCUGGGAGUGGUAAAUGAACUGCAGAUUAGGAAUUUAAUCUGUCCAAUGAUCUGGUGUUUCACUAACAGAGCAUGAUAGCUCUGUAUCCAUUUGAGUGAAUUUGUCAUGGGGUUGCUGUGGCAAGUUUGGUAUGUGAGAUGUUGUUAUCAUAGAUCGGAAGAUAGCUGCUGACCAACACGAAAGCGUGUCUAUGUUGAGUGCUAAGGACAAGAACUUCCCUGAGUGUGGAAAUCAAGCGAGUAAUUACAUGAAAACUGCUUCAAAGAUGGCAAAGACUCAACAGAAGUGUAUUUUAAAGGAGCCUUGGGUUGAAUUUGAGCAGGUGAUGUCUAUCACGUCUAAAGGUCAAUCAUUAUACAGGUGUCACGUCCGCCAUUAAACUCAUGCACUUAGUUUGAAAGUGUUUACAAACCAUUUAGAUUUGGCGGUGGCUGGAAUACCAGUGACUAUGUACAAAUUUAUUUAUAAAGUCGAUGGAAAGAUGAUUUUAGAUAUUAAGCAAAUGCCGAUGAUUAACCCUUUCUCAACUUGAGGCUUUUAAAUCCGUUGUGGGGUAAGGAAUAUUCCCUUUUUUUCCCAUCUCUAGGGGUCUGUAGGGGUAAAUCGCUAAAUUGAAGAAGUCACCCAAGGUAAAGUGAGGUAGAUAAGGAAGUUUUUUAGUGAAAGUGCUCCUGUUGUCUUUCUUGUGUCUUGAAGAAGUCUUUCAGCGGUAAAAUUAUAAACUGUCGAUUAAGGAAAGGGGC